GUUUUUUUAGUUUAUCAAUCCAGCAGAAAUUUUGAUAUUUAUAUAAAUUAUUAUACUUUAAAUAAGAUUACUAUUAAAAACUACAAUUUAAUCCUACUAAUUAAUAAAAUAUUUAAUUGGUUUUUGAAGGCUGUAGUAUUUACUAAGCUUAAUAUAAUUUAUAUAUUUAAUAGCUUUAUAUUAAAAAGGGCUAAAAGUAGUUUACUAUAUUUAUUAUAUAUUAUAGAUAGUUUAAAUAUUUAG